AUGGAUUUUAGCUGGCAGGUCGCGGCGAAGUCGUACCGAAACGCCUAUAUGAAUGCUCCGUUUACAUAUUCAUCGCCCACGCUUAGCGUAGAAGCUCUUAAGCACUCUAUCGCUUACAAGCUGAUGUUUACGAUUGGAAAGGACCCGGUCGUCGCCAAUAAACAUGAAUGGCUGAACGCAACGUUAUUUGCUGUGCGCGAUCGUCUCGUGGAGCGCUGGUUACGUUCAAACCGUGCCCAGUUGUCGCAAGAAACUCGUCAGGUUUACUACCUGUCGAUGGAGUUUUUGAUUGGCCGUACGCUCUCCAACGCCAUGUUGUCGCUAGGAAUUUACGAAGAUGUACAGGGCGCACUGGAAGCGAUGGGGUUAAAUCUCGAAGAGCUGAUUGAUGAAGAAAAUGACCCAGGCCUCGGUAACGGUGGCCUGGGACGUCUGGCGGCUUGCUUCCUUGAUUCUCUGGCGACGUUAGGGUUGCCGGGGCGCGGUUACGGCAUCCGCUAUGACUACGUCCGUUUUGGUGGUCGCAUUCAGCAGGAAGGUAAAAAAACGCGUUGGAUUGAAACCGAAGAGAUUCUGGGAGUCGCUUACGAUCAGAUAAUCCCUGGUUACGACACCGACGCGACCAACACGUUGCGUUUGUGGAGUGCGCAAGCCAGUAGCGAAAUUAACCUCGGUAAAUUCAACCAGGGUGACUACUUCGCGGCAGUGGAAGAUAAAAACCACUCCGAGAACGUAUCUCGCGUACUGUAUCCGGAUGACUCCACCUACUCCGGGCGUGAGCUGCGCCUGCGUCAGGAAUACUUCCUGGUUUCCUCGACCAUUCAGGACAUUUUAAGCCGCCAUUAUCAGUUGCAUAAAACCUACGAUAACCUGGCGGAUAAAAUCGCGAUUCAUCUCAAUGAUACCCAUCCGGUACUGUCGAUUCCUGAGAUGAUGCGUCUGCUGAUCGAUGAGCACCAAUUUAGCUGGGACGACGCGUUUGAGGUGUGUUGUCAGGUCUUCUCCUACACUAACCACACGCUGAUGAGCGAGGCGCUGGAAACCUGGCCGGUUGAUAUGCUGGGUAAAAUUCUGCCGCGUCACCUGCAGAUCAUCUUUGAAAUCAACGACUAUUUCCUGAAAACCUUGCAGGAACAGUAUCCGAACGAUACCGAUCUGCUGGGACGGGCGUCGAUCAUUGAUGAAUCCAACGGUCGUCGUGUGCGUAUGGCCUGGCUGGCGGUUGUUGUGAGCCACAAAGUUAACGGUGUAUCGGAACUGCACUCUAAUCUGAUGGUGCAAUCGUUGUUUGCCGACUUUGCGAAAAUCUUCCCGGGUCGUUUCACCAACGUCACCAACGGUGUGACGCCGCGUCGCUGGCUAGCGGUAGCGAACCCAUCGCUUUCAGCCGUGCUGGACGAACACCUGGGCCGUAACUGGCGCACCGACCUUAGCCUGCUUAAUGAGCUGCAACAACACUGUGAUUUCCCAAUGGUUAAUCACGCUGUGCAUCAGGCGAAGCUGGAGAACAAAAAGCGUCUGGCAGAGUAUAUCGCCCAGCAGCUGAAUGUGGUGGUGAAUCCAAAGGCGUUGUUCGAUGUACAAAUCAAACGUAUUCACGAAUACAAACGUCAAUUGAUGAAUGUGUUGCAUGUGAUUACCCGCUAUAACCGCAUCAAGGCCGACCCGGAUGCGAAGUGGGUACCGCGCGUGAAUAUUUUUGGCGGUAAGGCGGCUUCGGCCUAUUACAUGGCGAAGCACAUUAUUCAUUUGAUCAAUGACGUAGCGAAAGUGAUCAACAACGAUCCGCAGAUUGGCGACAAGCUGAAAGUCGUGUUCAUCCCGAACUACAGCGUUAGCCUGGCGCAGUUGAUCAUUCCGGCGGCCGAUCUGUCUGAACAGAUUUCGCUGGCGGGGACGGAAGCUUCCGGCACCAGUAACAUGAAGUUUGCGCUUAACGGUGCGCUUACUAUCGGUACGUUGGACGGUGCGAAUGUCGAGAUGCUGGAUCAUGUCGGUGCUGACAAUAUCUUUAUCUUUGGUAACACUGCGGAAGAAGUGGAAGAACUGCGUCGUCAGGGCUACAAACCGCGUGAAUACUACGAGAAAGAUGAGGAGCUGCAUCAGGUGCUGACGCAAAUCGGCAGCGGUGUAUUCAGUCCGGAAGAUCCGGGUCGCUAUCGCGAUCUGGUUGAUUCGCUGAUCAACUUCGGCGAUCACUAUCAGGUUCUGGCGGAUUAUCGCAGCUAUGUCGAUUGUCAGGAUAAAGUCGACGAACUCUACGAGCUUCAGGAAGAGUGGACCGCAAAAGCGAUGCUGAACAUUGCCAAUAUGGGCUACUUCUCUUCUGACCGUACUAUCAAAGAGUACGCCGAUCAUAUCUGGCAUAUUGAUCCGGUGAGAUUGUAA